GCCGGGCAGCCGGGGGGAAUCCGCCCGCAUCGCCGCCCUCGCCGGCCGGGCGGCCGCGGGGCCCGGAGCGCCGGAGGCCGGGGCUGGGGCGGCGCACCGUGCGGCGGCCACGGGGUCCCGCUAGAGCAGCCUCCGGCGGCUAUGCCGAAGGCCCGGAGCGGCCGGCGGAGCAGGGGGACCGGCGGGAGGGAGGAAACCUUCUUGCGAGUGCGAGCCAACCGGCAGACCCGACUGAAUGCUCGGAUUGGGAAAAUGAAACGGAGGAAGCAAGAUGAAGGGCAGGUAUGUCCCCUGUGCAGCCGCCCCCUGGCAGGAUCGGAGCAGGAGAUGAGUAGGCAUGUGGAGCAUUGCCUUUCUAAGAGGGAAGGCUCCUGCAUGGCUGAGGAUGAUGCCGUGGACAUCGAGCAUGAGAACAGCAACCGCUUUGAGGAGUAUGAGUGGUGCGGGCAGAAGCGGAUACGGGCCACCACUCUCCUGGAAGGUGGUUUCCGAGGCUCUGGCUUCGUCAUGUGCAGCGGCAAAGAGAAUCCGGACAGUGAUGCUGACUUGGAUGUGGAUGGGGAUGACACUCUGGAGUAUGGGAAACCACAAUACACGGAGGCCGACGUUAUCCCCUGCACAGGCGAGGAGCCCGGUGAAGCCAAGGAGAGAGAGGCACUCCGGGGCGCAGUCCUAAAUGGUGGCCCUCCCAGCACACGCAUCACACCUGAGUUCUCUAAAUGGGCCAGUGACGAGAUGCCAUCUACCAGCAACGGUGAGAGCAGCAAGCAGGAGGCCAUGCAGAAGACCUGCAAGAACAGUGACAUCGAGAAAAUCACCGAAGAUUCAGCUGUGACCACGUUUGAGGCCCUGAAGGCUCGGGUCAGGGAACUUGAGCGGCAGCUAUCCCGUGGGGACCGUUACAAAUGCCUCAUCUGCAUGGACUCAUACUCGAUGCCCCUAACGUCCAUCCAGUGUUGGCAUGUGCACUGUGAGGAGUGCUGGCUGCGGACCCUGGGUGCCAAGAAGCUCUGCCCUCAGUGCAACACCAUCACAGCGCCCGGAGACCUGCGGAGAAUCUACUUGUGAGCUAGCCACCCCAGGCAGGCCUUGCCUCGAGCGCCCCACCUGCCCCUCCUGUGACAUGACCCCCCCU